CGUUGUUUAAGGACGAAAAGGGACAGGAAUCGUUUGCACGAAGGGUCCUCGCAAUGAAGACGGUCGUUAUCUUCGUGGCAGCGAUAGUAGGAGCUCUCGCAGCUCCUCAAGGCAAUCCAAAUGAUGUCACUAUCAUAAAACAGGAAGAAUCGAACAACAUCGGCGUGGGUGGAUAUCAUUUCAGUUAUGAACAAAGCGACGGACAAAAGAGGGAAGAAACCGCGGAAUUAAAAAACGAAGGUACCGACGACGAAUCCCUCGCUGUGACUGGUAGUUUCAGUUUCACGUCGCCAGAUGGGCACACCUACAGGGUUGAUUACACCGCCGAUAAAGACGGAUUUCAUCCUACCAUCAACCUCGUUUCGAAAUAAACGAGUUUGAGAACUGAAGUUCUGCGCUACCAACGUUACCUAGGAUUCUUCGACCAUUGACAC